GGUGUUGUCGGUGACGUCACAAUAUGGCGUACUGUCUCAGUUUUAGAGGAAUUCGCCUCUUAUUUUUUACAGUUUUUAGUCGAUAAUUACUCGUCAUAAGGGUAUUCCUUGAUUGUGUUCCCUCGAGUUAAGGCUUUCUUUAUCUACUUGAUCAUCGUUUUUGUGGAUCAUCUUAUUUCACAGAGAGCAGCCCAGUGUGGACUGGAACUUUCUAUCAAACCGAAGGCUGUAACAGCUCAAGAGAUGGAGGUGGAUUGGCAACCAGAAGAAACUCUUGUUUCCUCAUGUGAAGAAGAUUGUACUCAUCUUGGAGGAGUCAAGGACAUGAGAUUAGAAGCAGAAGCCAUUGUCAAUGAUGUCCUAUUUGCAGUAGCAAAAAUGCAUAUUUCACACAGUCUCAACAGUGCAUUAGAUGUGGCCUAUAUUAAUGUUGAAACAAAGGAGAGAAACCAGUACUGUUUGGAGCUGACUGAAGCAGGACUUCGGGUGGUGGGCUACGCCUUUGACCAAGUCAAUGAGGAUGUGAGCACUCAAUAUCAUGAGACAGUUUACUCACUUUUAGACUCACUGAGUCCAGGCUACAGAGAGGCUUUUGGAAAUGCUCUGCUUCAGCGACUGGAGAGGUUAAAACAAAAUGGACAAUAAAGGGACCAAGCUGCCA